AUGGAACUUCUUAGCGCCGCUGCCGCGGGGAUGAUGGCCCGGUUGGUUUGUCAUCCUCUAGACACAACGAAAACGGUGGCUUUCACCGGAUUUUGCGGCGAGCGCCACACACCGGAUGCACCUCGAGGCACGACGACAAAGAAUGUGUUUUGGAGUUCCACGCGCUCAAUUUAUCGGCAGGAGGGUGUGCCCGGGUUUUACCGAGGAGUUGGCGUGGCCACUUUGGGCUCCGCCCCAGGUGUCGCGCUGUAUCUCACGACAUACACGUGGUCAAACGAAUUCCUCCAGAAGUACCGCAACGGUGCUCUGAGGGACGUUCCUUCUUGGACCAUGCACUUAUUUUGUGGCUUUCUUGCGGAGGCGGUGAGUUGUGUCUUUUGGGUUCCCAUUGAUGUCACAAAGGAGCGGCUGCAGUCACAGCCUCCAUCGCAACUGGGAAGGUACGCCGGAAGCUGGGAUGCGCUCUGCACCAUUGCCCGUUAUGAAGGACUCUCGGGACUAUACAAGUGCUAUGCAACGACUGUGGCCUCCUUUGGGCCUUUUUCAGCGGUUUAUUUUGCAUGUUAUGAGGCUCUCAAUGAUAUUUUUUCAAAAAAACUUUCAUUGAAUUCCUUUGCUUCUGCCCUCUGCGCCGGCGGGAUGGGAAAUAUCGUCGCUUCCAUUGCGACAAAUCCUUUGGAGUUCAUCAAAACCAGGCUGCAGGUACAGCGAGCGGUGCUCUCCGUGGGUGGCAGGCCUACAACCGUACAUGGAUUUCCCUACCUCUACACUGGUUUCUUUGAUGGAUUGCGAAUGGUUAUUAGGGAGGAAGGGCCCUUGGCACUUUGGCGUGGUGUGGGCAGCAGGGUCGCGUUUGCGGCGCCUAAUGCGGCCUUGACUAUGGCCUUCUACGACUAUUUACGGCAGGAAUGA